AAUAUAAUCCAAUGAGGUAGUACUAAAAUAUUAUUUUCAAUGAUAUAUUAAUUAUUUUAUUCUUCAAGUUUCUUUUUUACCAUAAAGUUUAGUAAUAUAACUUGAGUAAUUUUAAGUUUGAAUGUCUCAGUUAAAAGGAUGGAAGUAUGUUGCAUUCCUAUCAGCUUUUGUUGGCAGCAUAGGAAUAGCAACUUACCCAAUCAUUAUUUAUCCAAUGACGCAUGUUGAAGAUUAUAAAAAGUCACAAGAACUAAACCGUGCACAAUUAGAUCAAUCUAGAAUAAGGCCUGAAGCUCCUGGAAAUAUGAACAAAUGGACUGAUCCAUUUGAUCGAAAAAAUGAGUAACGCUGUAGAAGAUCCAGAACAACAGGUUUUUUUAUUGAAAAUGUGUAAACAUGCGUAUUGAUUUACAGCUGAGACAGAUAAAAAUAAGAUUGUUAUGUGUUGAUAAAUGGAGGUAUGACCUCGGGUAUCACAGUAGAUAAUAUAAAUAAUAUAAUAAUAUGUAUAUUGUAUAGUGUAAAUAGCAUACCUGCUGAUAUUCUAAACAAAUAAAAUGUAUAAUUUGGUCUUAUAAUAAUAAAGUUAUACACACCUUCUUAAGAACAA